CCUGCUAUAUAAAGAUGGAAUGCGUGCGGUUGACUACAAUAGCAUUUCUAAUUUCGAGUCACAUUUAAUGGAAAGGGAUUUCGCAUUUCGUAUUCGCUCAUUGUUCAACGUUUGAGAUAACAUUUGUUGUUCGUUAUUGAUAAAGACGUGGGAUAUGUCAAGGAAUAUGUGAUCCCUUAACACACUAUUUCGUCAGUGUUCACAGGACUUUUAUCAAAAUGUGAAACCCAGAACGGAAACUAACGAUUUUCAAGUUAAAAAUAUAUGAUUAAAUGAUUUAUGUGAACUGAUAAAAAGGGGCCAUUUAUACGUUUUCGCAAUUAUGCACAUUUGGCGGCGUGAAAAAAACACCAAUCCUUUGAUGAGGAAUAAAAACGAGAAUAACAGAACACCCACAUUUAAUAUGCAUGUGCGUAAAUGGUAUAAAAUAAACACGAACGCAUAGUGGACGUUUACAAACUGUCAAGAAGUCAAGUUCAUAUAAAUUUGAACCGUGCAACAGUAGUAAGACCAUUUAACAGAGGGUAUAUCAUUUUCGGAGUUACUGAAUGAACAAUCAUGGAUAGUGGUGACAAUGCACGCUAUUAUAGACGCUUUCUAGCCCAGCUACAAAGCCUUGCCUCCCGGCCGGCAUCUGCCAUAGCAGACAACGACCAGCACCAUUUCCACUCGCCGCGGCCGUCGCCAAGGAUACGCGUGCACCACCCACCGGAUAUGGAACGAAGGAGGGUCGCGGAGAUCGAAGGGAUCGACAGCUCCAAGAUGGGCCACUUCCCCUUUUCGUCGUUCAAGCUACUGGGAGGACUGCAGAUCGGGAUCGGCGCAGUCUGUCUCAUUCUGGGGAUCGUGGACCUACUCGUGUUUCUUUACGUCUCCCAUUUUGACAACGAGACCCUUUCGGCUCUGACCAUAGCCAGCGUGCCAAUAUGGUGCGGCCUUUGGUUCAUCGUCGCAGGCUCGAUGGGAGGCUGUAUGUCUCUUGAACAGAAGACGACACUUUCGUACUUUAAAAUGACGUUCAUGAUUCUUAGCGUUCUUUGCGCCCUGCUGUUCGGUCCCGCCCUGUUCGCAAUCGAGGUCUACAUGGUUGUACUGAGGAAGGAAGGCAACACAAUCUCGGCGGCGGAGUGGCUCAUCCCCAUGGUGAUAGCGUUCUUCGCGCUAAACGAGAUCAUCGUCGCCGUCAUCACGGCCGCCAUCUGCUGCUGCUGUUCCCCGCUGAAACAGGCCAAGGUGCGCGUUCUCUACACGGGGCAUCUCGACGAGAUGGGCCAUCAUCCGGAAAAGCACCGCCUGGUAACGCCGGAGAUAUUCUACACCGACAGCAGCCGCCUGGAACGCGCCCAGAAGUCACCUGCGUACGCUCCUAGGCGAGAGCAGCCGCAGCAGCAGUCGUACGAUGCCUGGGAAGAGGAUCGCGCUAAAUCCCAACCGCCGCGCGCCACGCUCGAUGUUCCCCAGCCUCGUCAUGUGCAGGCGCCGCGGGCGUCCAUCGACGACACUGAUAACGGGCCGCUGACACACUAUUCGCGACCGCCGACGUACGAGGGGAAUCCCCAGAAUAACAGCAUCAACUCGUACCGCCGUCUGCGGCAACUGACCAUUCCCGGCGUAGGGACGGCCUAGGUGUCACGAAAAACGCCCAAAAUUGAAUUAACUGUGAUAGCUGUUGAAUGUGAAAAACUGUCUUAUUGUGGUGUUCUCCUUCCGGUUUCCCUUGACCGCUGCUCCCAUAUUGUAUGUGGUCUGAACCAGGGAUUGCCGUGAACCUGUCAGCAGUCAUUUCACUAUAUUUAUAAAAAAACAAAUUGUUGAUGAAUUUUAAAUAAAGUUGUAUUCGUA